GCCAGGGGUGCUGGCACAGGGCCUGACUGCUCCAAGGCUCUGGACCCUUGAGAGGCACAGGCUGGAUGCUGCCCAGUGGGCUUAAAAUGCCCUCUUCUCCUGAAGGGCUCACCAGGCAGGGCAUGGGUGGUGCCAGCCCAUUCUCUGUGCACCAAUGCUCUCUGGACGGGAUGGCCAGGAGUGCCAUGGCUGAGCCCAAGGGGGAAGUGCUGCUCUUUGUGCUGGGGUCCCUUAUCUCUUCCCCAAACGGCGUGGGCAUCUCCCCCCAGACUGGCUGCCCGGAGGAAGCCCAGCCCCUGCAGUGUGUCGAGACUGCUGAGCAGGAGGACCCAGGCCGGGCAGGUGCGGAAGUGACAGCAUCACCCCCGGAGGAGCCCUACCAGCUGGUGCUGAAUGGAGAGAGCAACGUCCUGCGUGCAGAGCAGGUCCAGCAGCUGGUGCCCCACCUCCCGCCAAGAGUGACCGGGUACCCUUGGAACCUGCUCUACUGCACCGCCAGGGAUGGGUUUAGCCUGAAGAGCAUGUACAGGAGUAUGAACAAGCUGAGUUCUCCUGUGCUGCUGGUCAUCCAAGAUACCGACGGGCAGACGUUUGGGGCCUUCUCCUCCACUGCCAUCCGACUCAGCAGCUGCUUUUAUGGCACAGGGGAGACUUUUCUCUUCUCCUUCUCCCCGGAGCUAAAGGUGUUUAAGUGGACAGGCACCAACACUUUCUUCAUGAAAGGCGAUGCAGAUUUGCUAGUGAUUGGCGGAGGCAGUGGCAAAUUCGGCCUGUGGCUGGAUGGGGACCUGUACCAUGGGGGCAGCCACCGAUGCGAGACAUUUGACAACGAAAUCCUGUCGCCCCAGGAGCAGUUCUUUAUUCGGGACCUGGAGGUUUGGGCCUUGACCUGAGCCCACCACACCAGGGGCCGUGGGAACUGACUGCUUUCACAUGGACCCUAGCUGGGCCUGGCAGCUGUUCCCAGCAGUGUCUGGAACCCUUCCAGAAGGUGGUGCUCAGCCCCUCUUCCCCUUACGCACAAGGCUUUGCCAGGCUGUGCUCCUUUCUCCUCCCCGGCCAGCACUCACGCUCCAGAGAGGGCAGCGGGGGCGUUCCCACCCAUUUUCCUGUCAGGGUGCUCACCCUGCGGGGCAUCAGAGCAGCCCCAGUGGGUGGCUCCACAAGCACUGGAUUUCAAUGCAAACGGAAUCUCACAGGCAACUGGGCAAUUUAAAAAUUAAAUUCCCACGUGAAGCGACUGAGUGUUAGCAGCAGGGGAGCUGCCUGCUGGGACAUGCCCUGCCAGUCAGUGCUGUGAACUUGGGAAGUGAGCUCAGCUGUUGUUCACAGUGAGUGAGGACAACCUCCCCUCCCCCCUGGCAGAGACAGCAGGGGCAGCAUGAGGGUAUUGACAUGGGCUUGCUCGGCCCUGCCAGCGUUUAGCGCUCCAUGAGAUGUGAGGGCCAGGGCACCUCCCCCAUCCCUGCUCUCAGAGAAGCUUAUUGAAGUUAGGCCAAGAUCAGCUACAUGAAAGGGGCACAAGGACCACACGUUUUUCUGUUGCUUGUAACGAGAUGGGCCUGAAUCAAAGCCCUGAUCCCAGCACCCCAAGUUGCAGGACAGCUCAGGUCCAAACUCUGCCACUGUCUCCUGUCCCUGUAACAGGCCAAAACAAAUCCCACAGCAAAAUCCCUCCUGACUCCUCCUCCCAUGAAGUCAGGGCCUGAGCAGAGCAUGGCAGCUGGCACCAAUGCCCAGAGACUACCACUGUGGACCCAGAGAGCCUGCAGCACUGAUGAGCUGUUGGCUUGAUAUGGCAUCAGACUUCUCACCACAGCCAGAUGACUAGGAGCUAGCUGGAAACGGCAGCACUGCUUCCAGGCAGCUGUGAACUCUGUUCAGACUCCGGAGGCUUAAAGCACAUGGGAGUCAGCAUUUGGAUCCCCUCACAGCAAGCUGAGCCCCAAGAGGUGAGGAGUUGGUGGCUGUCAUGGAUGUAGUCUAUCAAGGACUGUAUGGCUCCACCUAUUCAGACACCAGAGUUGCUUCUAAAACUUGAAUAGGCAGAAGAAUCCAAAUCAGAUGCUCUGGGAUCAGCAAGGGUAGCACAGAGGUUUACUGGCCAAUGAAAUGCAACACCUGGGGCAGGGGUAGGCAACCUAUGGCAUGUGUGCCAAAGGCAGC